AGAUCCCACCGAAAUAAAUUAAAUAAUUUUCACCAUACAACCCCAUCUCUUGAUAAAAACCCACAGAAUUCACCAUCAUUUUUGGCUUGAUAAAACUUGAUAUAUACUACUGCUACUAGUACUCCAUCUUUUCUACUUGUAUUUUUAUCUUUCUAAUUUUCAUUGCUUCUCAGCUGUAAUAUUAUCAUCUCUUGCUUCCUCCUUGUCAUGAUGUUGCAACAAGGUGGCGCUGCUGCUCCAGGUCUUAUAGGCAGCUCUGCUGAUACUACUGUGGCUGCUGCUGCUGCACCGGAAGCUCGUGAGCCUGGCGGCGGCGGCGGUGGAAGCGGUGGCAGUGGCGGCGGAAUGAACGAGGAAGAAAAGGGAAGGAGUGAAGAAAGCGAGAGAAAUUCCGGUGGCAGCCGGUGGCCGAGACAAGAAACGAUUGCUUUGUUGAAAAUCAGGUCUGACAUGGAUGUGGCCUUCCGAGACUCCAGUCUUAAAGGCCCAUUAUGGGACGAAGUCUCCAGGAAACUCUCGGAGCUUGGAUAUCAUCGAAGCGCCAAGAAGUGUAAAGAGAAGUUUGAGAAUGUUUACAAGUAUCACAAGAGGACCAAAGAUGGCCGGAAUACAAAAAAUGAUGGCAAGACCUAUCGGUUUUUCGAGCAAUUAGAGGCUCUGGAUACUCAUCCUUCGCUGUCACUCAUGUCGUGGUCGUCUCCGAUGAAGUCACAGCCACCUUCAGCUCAUCCGACCACAGUAGUCACGGCGGCGACAAUGCUGGGACAACAUAAUAAUAGUGCUCAUAUGAAUACUAUUGUGACUUCUUCACCAGUGGUUACCAAUGUUACUGUUUCAUCAACACCUAGCCCUAUUUCUACUGUUUUUCCUAGUAAUGCAAUUCACCCCAUCAACAUCUCAUCUCAUAAUGUUUCGUCUCAACCUCCGGUGGCGAUGAAUCCUUCAAUUCCUGCUCAGAAGCCCAUCGGAUUGAUGAAUAAUCAUAACCCGAAUAUGAGUUUCCUGUCGAAUUCAACGUCGUCUACUUCUUCGGAUGAGCAGCCUGAGAGAUACGGGAAGAGGAAGAGGAAGUGGGAGGACUUUUUCGGGAGGCUGAUGACGGAGGUGAUCCAGAAACAAGAUGAGUUGCAGCAGAAGUUUUUGGACACAUUGGAGAAACGAGAGAAGGAGCGGAUAGCUAGAGAGGAAGCUUGGAGGGUACAAGAAAUGGCGAAAAUGAACCGGGAACAUGAGCUUUUACUUCAAGAAAGAUCCAUGGCUGCGGCUAAAGAUGCUGCGGUUAUUUCAUUUCUACAAAAGAUCACUGAGCAGCAACAGCAGAAUUCUCCCAACCAAGCCCAAGUCCAGCCUCCGCCAACACAGUUGCCUGUUGUUCCGCCUCCACAGCCUCUUGUACAAGUCUCACAACCGCAUCCAAUGCCACCGACACAAGCACCAGCACCGGUUAUACUCACUCCUCAAGCUCCAGCUCCAGCUCCGACUCCAGUGAAAAGCCGAGACGAGAUGAAUGCACAAUCAUCAAACUACAAUGGAGGAGCAGAAAAUUCGAAUUUCAUGUCUCCAAGUCCUUCGAGAUGGCCUAAAGCGGAAAUCCAAGCCUUGAUCAACUUCAGAACCACUCUUGACACAAAGUACCACGAAAACGGUCCAAAAGGCCCUCUCUGGGAGGAAAUCUCCGCAGCCAUGCGUAAAAUUGGAUACAACAGGAAUGCCAAGAGAUGCAAAGAGAAGUGGGAGAACAUCAACAAAUACUACAAGAAGGUGAAAGAAAGCAACAAGAAAAGGCCCGAGGAUGCCAAGACCUGCCCUUACUUCCACCAGCUCGAGGCCUUAUACAAAGAAAAGGCGAAAACCGAAACCUCCGGCUCCAACAUCAACCUCUCAUUCAACUCCACCCCAGUUCCAGCUGCAUUGCCUAUUAUGGCUCAGCCUGAGCAACAAUGGCCUCUCCAACAAAACAAGCUGAUGCCCAAAGAUCUCGAUGACCACGACAGCGACAACAUGAACGAGGACGACUACGAGGACGACGAGGACGACGACGACGGAGCUGCAUUCGAGAUCGUCACCAACACAAACAAGCAACAACAGGAUCAAACAAGACCUGAAUGAGACUAAACAUGAUAUAUAGAGAGGUAGCGUCAGAAGGGCCAUGCAUUGUGACAUUGAAAAUACAUUAAAUUUUACGAGUUUUCGAAAAUGCGGUGCGGUUCGGUGGGGUCUCGACGGAAGGACGAACGGAAUAAUGGUGGUGGGACAGAGAGCUCCGGCAGAGUGGUGGGGCGGUGGUGAAAAUUUGAAAUACUGAACAUUUUCACAUGGGGGUGUAAGGUGAUAUCUCUAGUGGUAAUACUAUAUGUUUGUCUUUUUUCUUUAUUUCCAUAAUUUUAUCAUCACAAACUUUUUUUUUCAAUUUCUCAGUAAAAAGAUUAUAUUUUAUUUAUUAUUUUCGAAAUAAAUAAAUUUGGGGGUGGGUGAGGGAUAAGAGGGGGAAACUGGGGCAUCAAAGAAUAAUAAUUAGUUGAUAAAAAAAGGGGGGAUAUUUAUAGUUGGUGUAUUUUUGUUCUUUAUUUUGUUCUUGUUGUAAAUGUCAGAAUUCUGUUACUAGCUUUUUAUGUUUUGUUUCUUUUAAUGAACAAAGGAGAAUUGUUUCAAAGUUUCAUCA